UUGAUUUGUGUAUAUUCAAUUUAGCUAAAAAUAACAAAAGAUUACCGAACUCACGGCGCGUAAUCUGAGACGUUUAAAGCGUCAUUACGUGUUUCCGGUUUUGUGGCGUUCACACAGAACAGUUUCACUCAUCUGAGAAUCAGCUGAUAAACAGCAGAAAACAUGAUUUCAUUAACGGACUCACAGAAGAUGGGGAUGGGGUUGACCGGGUUUGGCGUGUUUUUCCUCUUUUUUGGGAUGAUUUUGUUCUUCGAUAAAGCGCUCUUGGCCAUUGGAAAUAUCUUGUUUGUUGCAGGUCUCUCGUUUGUUAUUGGACUGGAACGGACGUUUAGGUUCUUCUUCCAGAAGCAUAAAAUUAAAGCUACUGGGUUCUUUCUGGGGGGAAUUUUUGUGGUGCUCAUCGGCUGGCCGAUCAUAGGAGUUGUUUUGGAAAUCUAUGGAUUUUUCCUUCUAUUCCGGGGCUUUUUCCCAGUGGUGGUGGGCUUCAUUAGACGGGUGCCCAUUCUUGGAUCUUUACUCAAUCUUCCUGGUAUCAGCGGGUUAGUGGACAAAGUCGGCGAGAGCAACACAAUGGUAUAACGGUCACAGGUUUUGUUAUGUAGUUUUCUAUGAGUGGCUCAUAUUUAUAUUUGUCCGAAUUUGUGCUUCUGGCUGGAGAUCUCACUGGCCAUUCCUCUUUGAACUACUGAGAUCAGAUUUUUGAUACUUCACCUGUGGAGAAGUGUAUUUGGGACUCAUUUCCACACCGACUCCAACGCUGUUAUUGUUGCUGCAUCACACGUCUGCCUCCAGGGGGCGACGGGGACCAGUGCACCUCAAAACCACGACAAGCUGGACAAACAAAGUUCAACCGAGCGAAUUUUGACGCUAUUUCAGAGAAGAUGUUUUGGGUUCUGAAAGAUGUUACUGCAUUUUUUGUUACGCUUUUAUGUGCCAAAGGUUUUUCGUUUUUAAAUUGUACAAAUUUUUAGGCUAGUUUGUACUUUCUGACUUGAGCGCCCCCUAGUGGAGUGGAGACCGUUUCAUCUCUUCUUACUCAGCAACUUUCGUGAAAUGCAGUUGUUGUAAUAAAUGACUGACUUGUUUAAGUAUUUGUAAAUACUUAAUGUACAUUUUUUUACAGACAAAGAUCCAGUUUAAUAAAUGGAUUAUAUCCGGUCCAGGUAUUUGUUGCCAAACUAUGAAACACAUCACAUUUGU